AGCUGUAUUGCGCAUGCGCCAGAAUCCGAGUCAACGGUUGCCGGUUGGGAGUCAGAAGGGCUUGCACAGCGCACUUCCCGCUCGCGCUCCUUCGCGGCAGCGGCCGAGCCAGCGCGGCGGGGCUGUUCAGGGAGCCGCUCCCCGAUGGACGGAGACUUCCUGCUGGCGCUGCGGUUACAGGCGCAGUGGGAGGAAGAGGAGAAAGCGGCGGCGGCCUGUAGCGCGUCCCCGCCCGGCUCCGCAGCGCCGCCGCCGCCGCUCUCCGUGGUGGACGAGGCCUGGGAGCUGCUGGACCCGAGCCCCGACGUACGCGGCCUCUUCGUGCAGUUCAACGAGACGCUGUUCUGGGGGAAGCUGGCGGCCGUGGCGGUGACGUGGAGCCCGCGCAUGACGCUAUGUGCUGGAGUGUGCAGCUAUGAAGGAAGAGGUGGGAUGUGUUCCAUCCGCCUCAGUGAGCCACUCUUAAAGCUAAGACCAAGAAAGGAUCUUGUAGAGACACUCUUACAUGAAAUGAUUCAUGCCCUAUUAUUUGUCACUAACAAUGACAAAGACCGUGAAUCCCAUGGGCCAGAGUUUUGCAAACACAUGCGUCGUAUCAAUCGCUUGACUGGAGCCAAUGUUACAAUUUAUCACGACUUUCAUGAUGAGGUGGAUUCAUAUCGCCAACAUUGGUGGCGAUGUAAUGGCCCAUGUCAGAGUAGAAAACCUUAUUAUGGAUAUGUGAAACGUGCAAUGAAUAGGGCACCCUCUGCACGAGACUUCUGGUGGUCUGACCAUCAACAGACCUGUGGAGGCACAUUCUCAAAAGUAAAGGAGCCAGAGAACUAUUCUAAAAAAGGCAAGGAGAAAACCCAGCUAGCCAAGCUUUCAAACGCUGAGCCAUCUGAUACCAAAGCUGCUGCAAAAGUUUGUCUGCCACACGAGUGUAUCAGAAUUUGGGGGAUCUUACCACAGAACUUAGCUCCAGCCUGCUGUGAAAUAACAGGAAGGAUACAUGGAGGUGAUAUACGAAGCCUAAUUCCUUUUAGUGGAAAAGGAUAUCAGCUUGGAGGAGCAGGCCUUUGGUCCUCCGAGAGACACAAAAGUUCCAACAACAGUAUUAAGGGCAAAGAAAUACCCAGUCCACAAUGUUAUUCAGCAGCUGGAACUGCAAGAUCAGUUCCUAAAAAUGAACUAAAAUUUGAACCAAACAUAUUCAGUACCAGCAUUUCCCAUCCAGUUUUUACUGAUAGCUCCAAGCAUAAAAACAGCUUUGCUUUGAACCACAAGUUUCCUAAAAUAUCUGUCGCUAAUACAAAAGCUUACAGGAAUGUUGAUGGGUCGCCUGUUAAAAUUCCUCCUGUUAAUGGAGGAAAUUUGAACCAAAGUCCUACAAACGCUAAGUCGGUUUUUCCAUCUUUUGAGACACCAAAACGAACUUCCUUUGGACAAGCUGAGACAACUCUAAGAUCCUGGGUUUCAUCCCAGGGAAAUAGCAGCUUUGAAAGUGAUGGUAUACCACAGAAACGGCCAAAAAUGGAAGACAAAUCUGCCUUUGUAAACUACUUUAUAAAGAGAGAGAGUACUGAUGGCACUUUUAGAACUAGCACUCCUCUAAAAAGCAAUGCUGAACCAACAGUGUCCUCUGAAAGUUGUAGUUCUGCUGUUAGUCCGGAUAAAAAAGUUAGUUGUCCUGUUUGCCAGACCGAGGUUUUAGAAACCAAAAUAAAUGAACAUCUAGACUCUUGUCUGACAUAACCUUUGAAAUGCAAUCUCACAAUUAAGUGCUAAGAAUUGUUUGAAAUCUUCAAAUUACAUUGCUCAGGGUUUAUCCAAUUAUGAUUGUUGUCAUGUGUCUGUACACUGGCCUGUAUUGUCCAAGCUGGAAACUUUCCUAUAUGUGUAAAGUGGAGUCUGAAUUUCAGCAUGAAGGGAGGGCAAUUCUGAUUUUUUGGAGUUACAUGUUAGGAUCUGAUUUAUGUACUCUCACAGUGCUUGUGUCCCAAAGAGCCUAAGGCUAUAUGUACACUACCAAGCCUACAUCAGCAAAUAUAUAUGCCAGCACAGGUGACAGAAGGAGGAAUUCUGUUGGUGUGGGAAAAGCGCCUCCCCGAACGAUUUUAGCUGUGCCAACAGAAACCCUAUUCUGUCCAUAUAGCUGUGGUCUAUGUCUGUGGUGUAGUUGGAAUAAGUGUGUCGGUAUGAGAGACGGUUUUUCUACACCCUGACCAACAUAGCUAUGUUGGUAUAAAGUCGGAAGUGUAGACCAGGCCAAAUACACUCCUGAUUUUGGUAAAUGCAAUUGUGGUUGGGUUAUAUUUUGACUGCAGAACCUAAGUAUGUCUCCUCCCAUGGUAAUACUUACUAGAUUCUGAAAUCUUAGAUGAGUUCUAAAAGCAGCUUAACAUUUUUAACCAUGUUUUGUCUUUUUGUACUUCUCCUUGGUCCCCAAUGUUCUUUAACUUACGCCUGGCCACCUUUUAAAUUUAACUUCUAAACUGGCCCCUUCCACAUACACUGAUACCAACUUAUCAGUUUACCACAAUGAAAAUGUGUUAAAUGGUGGGCAUUUUUUAUAUUAUAACACCAAAUAUUGUGUUUUGGCCACAGCUACCAACUCUCCAGAGAUCAGUUUCACCCAAAACUUUUUAAAGGGCAGGUAGGAAUGAGGAUGGAAUUAGAUUCAAAUUAUCGCUAUGUCCACAUUGCCAGCGAGGAGUGUGAUUUCCCCUGCUCAUGUACACAUACUCGCUCUAGCUUUCUUCAAUACAUACCCACUAGUUUCAGGUGGGUAGGCACUCAGCUCAGCCAUAUCUCUGCUGCUGCUACCUGUGUUACUGCAGCUCCAUUGCUAUUUAUAUUUGCACUAGUUGGAUGAGAGUGUAAGUACGUAUACACAACCAGGGGAAUCACACCUCUCGCUGGCAGUGUAGACAUAGUUUAAGUCUUCAUCAAAAAUGGGGAGCAGCUUAGAAGUUUAAAAAAAAAAUACAAGAAGUCUAUUUUAGUAUAAUCUUGAGUAAGUGAAAGCAUGGGUAGAAAAUUAGUGAUAUGGGAGGGAUUCUAGAUACUUAAUACUGCUUGGUGCAUUUGAUGAAGCAUUAGGCUGUAGACUUAAGGACCUAUUAGAGAUACAUAUUGGGUUUUGAAGCAUUGGUUGUUAAGAGGGACAGGAAUAGGAGCUGAGGAAUUUAAACAUCCUUAUAGUGUUACGGCAUAAGAUUAUUAAUUUUUGUUUGGCCACUUUGGCUUGUUUUUAAUGUGCAUUGUUGGCAUGCAGGCAGUAACCGCUGAAUCAUGGUCCAACAAUUUCCACUUUUUUCCUUCUCUCCCUCGCACUGGCCUUGCUGCUUAUAUUGACACUUCAGUGGCUUUCACUCUUUAACUCCAAGAAUGCGUAGUAUGCGUUUCUGUAUAUUUGAACCCUAAAGGCUAAAACCACCAAGAGUGUAAAUAGGGGUGAGUACAAGUAGCAAAACUAGAAGACAUUGUCAUAUCACUAGUCCUGCCACAGAAUUCUAACUGAAGACCUGAAUUUAAAUGAAGAUUUCCAAUUGAAUUCACAUUCCAGAAAGGCAUCAGAUUGCAAUCAGUGACAGAGCUUUGCUUCUCUUCCUUACCAGCCUGAUUAAUAGUUCAGUCAGUAUAUGCUAACAGCAUUGUAUUACAUGUUAUGAAUACCAAGUAAGAUGUAUAAAGCCUACUGAAAUGUCUACAGUUCUGUUGGUGCACUAAAGGUAUUUAACUGACUGGUUUGUAGGUGACUAGAGCAAUACUUUCACAGUUUAAACUAGCUUUCCAGACAAACAUAUUAUACACUAGGUUGAUUUUUGUACUGCUGGUAGGUAUAUAGGGUGACUAUGAUGCAGACAAAAGUGUAAAUACAGGUUGUCUUGUUAUAAAUGUAACGUGGUUUACAGUUAACUUCCUCUGAAAUGAGGAAUAAACAGAUCAGACAGUUAUGGAAUUUGACCAGUGCUAACUAAUAUCUGGUUUCAAAGUAUAGGGAAAAAAAUCCCUAAGAAUGCAUAGAAUGUACAUGUUUUUUUGUAGAAACUGCAUUUUAAAAUACUGACAUUACAAAAAUGUUUUAAUAACCUUAACAAAAAUGUCUUGCAUAUUCUGAAUAAAUCAUGAUGCUGAACCUUG